AUGAGCAAAAAGACUAAGAAUCAUGUGUUCAAGAUAAUCAUCUUAGGAGACUCCGGAGUAGGCAAAACAACUGUCAUGCAGAGAUACUUAAACAAGGAGAAAGCUAAACAGGUCUUUCGACCAACUAUAGGCUGUGAUUUUCAUAACUAUAAAACAGUGAUAGGAGGUCAGAAUGUAACUCUCCAAAUUUGGGACACCGCUGGCCAAGAAAGAUACCAGUCGUUGGGGAAGGCCUUCUAUAGAGGCUCUGAUUGAUGCAUUCUCGUCUAUGAUAUCACUAGAGAAGAAUCAUUGCAUAAUUUAAAUCAAUGGGUAGAUACAUUUUCUAACAAUGCUGGGAUCGAGAAGUCAUCUCCUGACAAAGAUGCAACAUUUCCUUUCUACCUAGUCGGCAAUAAAUGAGAUUUAAUAGAAGAUAAAGAAGUAGACGACAAGCAUAUUGAUGGGUUUCUUGAUAAAAAUCGUAUAAGCUCUGAUAGGUCUCACUUGACUAGUGCCGAAACAGGCACAGGAGUCGAAGAGCUAUUCAGACAAUGAUCAAGGGACCUCCUUGACCAAGUUGCAGGAACCUCGAAACUAAAUGACAAGCUCAAAGAAGGAGUAAAGCUCGACAAGAGAAGCCUUGUGAGAAGGAAAACUAAAAGUGGAUGAUGCUAA